AUGUCAAGGCUCUUCGACCAACCCGCAAAAAAUUGGACAUAUGAUGCCAUCGUGGCAAACUAUUGUAUCGACGAUAAUGUUGGUCGCGCUCUGAACGGUAUUAAGCAGGACCUUCAGCAACGUGCAGAGAGAGGAGAUUGCGAUGCCGCGCAAGCGAAAAAGAUCCUGACGUCCGGCUGGCAACUGGGUUACUGCGUGUCGCCUAGUGAUGGUCGCGUUCCGCUGCCGAAGGUGCCCAAAGGAUCUACGCGAAUACUAUCUGACAUUCUGACUAUGUAUUAUAUCGACAUUUCUUUUCGCUUGAACAAGCAACUAGUCAAAGCUGUGAAAACCCACUCAAAUAUUAGCCAAAUUAGGUUUGAUAAAUUGAUGUCAAACAAUGAAGCUGGUACUGUCCUCAAGCGCAAAGCUGUCAACAUUGAUGACAGUUAUUUCAGAUCCUCUACACCUUCACCAGUUUUACAGCCAUCAUCACCCACACCAUCCAAAAUGACCAACAUUUUCUCUGAUGAAGAUGAUGAAUCUGACGUAUUUAUUUCUGAUACUAAAUUUGCGUUUGACUGCCCCAUAAUAAUCAAUGAUGUUAUAGGACUAAAUUUGGGACCAUCACCUCGAAAAGAGUCCAGAUGGUUCAUAAGUGGCAUGAAUGUCUCUGAAAAAUGGCAUUUGUUUAAGAAAAAGUCAUUGGAAUUGGCAAAUAGGGAUGGCCUCUUUGUGGAAAGCCACACACAACAGAUAUUAUCCUUAUCACACAUCCUUUUAUUAAAGCCUAAACAACAUUGCCCGCUAAUGGUGGAGGUUUUCAGUGCUGAGUUAUUAGAAAUAAUGCAUAAGGAUAUCUUACAAAAGCUUACCAAGCAAGAAACAGAGUUUGAUGAUGAAAUAUUGAUGAAGCUUGUUCGUAUUGUCAAGCGUCUACAACGGAAGGAAAUCACAAGAGAUAAUGCAGUUUCAGAACUGCAAAUUCUUGCAGUUGGCCGUUCUUAUGGAGAAC